AUGGCAAAGUUGGCCGAUUUUAACAUCAAUGCGGAUAUGACGAAAGAAAUGCAAGAGGAUGCGCGGAACCUCGUCAUUCAGGCCUUUGAAACAGAGACACUUGAGUACGCCAUGGCUUCCUUUGUGAAGCGGGAGUUCCAGAAGAAGUACAGGGGCGUGUGGCACUGCGUUUUUGGGAAGAACUUUGGAUCAUUUGUGACGCACGAGACGAAGGGGUACAUUUACAUCACGUGGGGGCAAAUGUCGAUUCUCCUUUGGAAGUCCGUGACUUAG